AUGAAUAUCUACGCGCGCGCUCAGUCAAACGUACUGCCAUGGAUUCGUGACACACCUCUCCCAACCACAAGCCCUGAAGCUUAUCCCAGAUUCCAGUCCUGGCAUCAUUUCCAUCAUUCUACCCAAGGGUGGGUUCCUAUUCGCACAAGUGACAAUACGAGCAAUAGCCCCGGCAACCUUCCUGAACAACCUAGUAGCAGUGAUGGUCCAUGUCAUCUAGUGAACCUGACAUGGAACAUUGACGCAGGAUCCGCCUGCGCGAGAGAACGCGCUAGAGACAUUGUCACAUAUCUCACCCAACUGGAUCCGAAGGUGGAUAUUAUUUUCAUCCAAGAGGUUUCAAAGUCGGCUUUGAGCCAAAUUUUGAUGGACGACCGGAUUCGCGGCUCUUGGUUUUCCAGCGAGGGUGACGAAGCGGCAUGGGGAACACAACGCUUUUCAAUGAUGACCUUGCUAUCCAAGACACGAUUUGCACCGUCUGAUGACGCGAGUAACGCUGUUCUUGGGCCUAUCUGGAGGGUUCGCUAUCCAAGUCGCUAUGGCAGAGAUGCACUCUGCUGUGAUAUCUUCAUCCCGUCUCUUGAGGAAUCCUCUGCCACACGAAUUCGCCUCGUCAACGUCCAUCUGGAUUCUCUACCUAUUCAACCUUCCUGUCGGCCCCAGCAGCUGUCUAUUGUUUCCCCUUUUCUGCGUAGUGCAGGCCGCGGAUUGGUUGCUGGUGACUUUAACCAAGUUCUUGAUGAAGACGCUACGCUUCUAGAAAAAAACGGGUUGGUAGAUGCCUGGACAACUCUUCAUCCCGAGGAACCCGGAUAUACAUCGAGGAACGGACGGGAAGCAACGGUUUCCGCCAAAUAG